AUGCUUCACUUAUGUACAGAAAAUAUUGUGUUGAAUGACACUAUAUUUCAGUUUGAAUAUAUUCAAACAGUUCUUCUAGGAUGGCUGAACACUGGUAGCAUGAAUACUGCACGAUAUUGGCACACAGCAUGCAUUUUAAAAAAUGGAAAAGUGUUAGCUGUGGGUGGAUAUAACGGUAUUUCUGUUCUGAAUAGUACUGAAUUGUAUGAUCCAUCAGCAGGAAUUUGGAUAACGACUGGUAAUAUGAAAAACGCACGGUAUGGACACACAGUAUCCGUAUUAAGAAAUGGAAAUGUGUUAGUUGCUGGUGGAUAUAAUGAUAUUUCUGCUCUAAAUAGUGCUGAAUUGUAUGACCCAUCAACAGAAACUUGGAUAGAGACUGGUAAUAUGAGUAAUGCACGUUAUGCACAUACAGCAUCCGUAUUAAGAAAUGGAAAUGUGUUAGUGGCUGGUGGAUAUAAUGAUAUUUCUGUUCUGAAUAGUGCUGAAUUGUAUGAUCCAUCAACCGGAACUUGGAUAAAGGCUGGCAUUAUGAAUAGUGCACGAGACGGACACACAGCAUCCGUAUUAAGAAAUGGAAAUGUGUUAGUUGCUGGUGGAUUUAAUGGUAGUCGUCGUUCUAAUAGUGCUGAGCUGUAUGAUUCAUCAAGAGAAAGUUGGACAACCACUGGAAGUAUGAAUAUUGUUCAAGCAGGGCACACAGCAUGCAUAUUAACGAAUGGGAAAGUGUUAGUUACUGGUGGAUGGGGUACCAAUCAUCGUCGAAAUGCUACUGAAUUGUAUGACUCAUCAAUAGGAACUUGGAUAAUCACUAGUAGUAUGAGCAAUGGAAGAAUUGAACACACAUUAUCCUUAUUAACGAAUGGAAAAGUGUUAACUACUGGUGGAUAUAAUAGUCAGUUUCUAAAUAGCACUGAGUUGUAUGAUCCUUUAACAGAAAGUUGGACAACGUUUUAUACAAUGAAUAAGGCACGAUGUUACCACACAGCAUCCGUAUUAGCAGAUGGGAGAGUGCUAGUUUCUGGUGGAUGGGAUGGUAGUGUUUCUCUAAAUAGCUCAGAAUUAUAUUAA